AUUCUCGAAGAUGACUUCAAUAAAACUCUCAGUACAAGAAACCUCUUCUAAUAAUAAUGCGCGUUUUAGCAGGAGAAUUUAUUUAAAUGUAGAAACUAUGCGAGAGCAUAAGUUAUGUACUGGUGAUCAUGUUAUUAUUAGAAAGGAAAUUGGUGGAAUGGAAUGUCAGAACGCGUUCCUUGAGGUAUAAAAUGAAGAAUUAUAUUUAAUAAUCAAAUUAUAUAUUUAUAUGAAAUUCAUUUUAAAAGAUGGUCAGUGUGGGUAUCGUAUGGCCGUCGUUUACUAUUAAAAAUAAUCGUAUGUUUCCUUAUUAUUAUUUGUUCUAAAUGUGGUCUCGUUUU